AUGGUUGAUUGCCGCUCCGGCUGGCCUGAUGACUUCUGCCCUGCCAAUAGCUCCUCAAAGGAUGGCUGCAAGAGAUACACGCUCCUGCCAGAAAGUCCCAAUUGGUUGGAGGUGCGGCGACAGCUCGUCAAGGAGAUGUUCGGCGAAGAUCGCUUGCCCAGCGACGACAAGCCGUCGGUGCCGCCGGUCACCCACAUGGUGAAUUAUCGCUUUCCCAGCUGCAUGUCGUCCAUUUGGGGUUCAGCUCCAAGCAGCGACUGUGAGAAGACCGUGCCCAUCACAGAGAUCGUGUGGCAGACGACUGCAAGACUCAAUGCGAGCUAUGCCAUGAACAUUACUUCGAAAGCCUUUUUGAGCUUCAACAGCUCUGGAUGGGCGCCCCACGGGUUCAUUUGGGGAGCGCAGCAGCCCGCACACCCUGAGCCGCCCCGACCGGGGAAGACCCUGGUGAUCUUCCAUCGGGGACAUGGCCGUGGCGAUGACUGUCCCACCUUUGGAGAUAACGAUGGGACCACCGAUUGGCUCAACCAGUUGGGCUUGGAUGUCGUCACGAUGAUGAUGCCCUUCCGAGAUUGCAACACCCAGCAGGAGCAACCCUUCAGUGGCCAUGCAUGGUUCGAACACUUUGAGAAGCAACAAGUGCCAUGGCUCCGUUUCUUCCUAGAGCCGGUGAUUAAGACCAUCAACUACGCCAUGAACACGCUUGGCUAUGAGCGUAUUCUCAUGGCUGGUCUCAGUGGGGGUGGUUGGACCACCACUUUGGCUGCAGCCGUGGAUCCGCGGAUUGAGCUCUCAGUGCCCAUCGCGGGCAGUUUGCCAUGCGACUUCCGGAAGAAGUCGUUUGACUUCGAGCAGUUUUGCGACAGCCAAUGGGCUCGGAUUGGGAACUAUACUGCUUUGUAUGUGCUGGCUUCGCUUGAAAAGCAUCGAAGCAGCCUGCAGGUGCUUCAUGAAGCAGAUCCUUGUUGCUUCCACGGCUGUGGCCGUCACAACCGGAUUGAGGAGUAUGGUCGUUUUGUGCGCGCCUCAUCUCAAGGGCUCUUCCAGACGGUUGUGACAGAAGGGAAUCGGCAUGAAGUGAAUGUGAGAGACAAGAUUCUGAUAGGAAAUCUCUUCUACCAGAUGGCUCAUGGCCACCAUGGUCAACUGAACUUGUCGAGCCCGUUGAACCUCCUGGAGCGCAGCUCGAUUUCAGGCUUCACGGAACCUGAUGAGAUUCCAGGAGAAGGUCCUUCACAGGUACCUCAACCUCCCAGACCUUUGCCACAGACAGGUGUUGCUGAAGGGCCGGUUCCUCUUUGGUCGCUCCCGGUGGCAAGUGCUGUGGGACUUUUGUUGGGCAUGGUGGUGAUGUUUGCAUGGAAUCGCGCGAAGCGAACUCAUGCUGCAUAUGUGGCCUCAGCUUGGCUCGGGCCUGGUGAUUUGUACGGGGCAGAGUGUUCUGAGCCUGAGAACCAUUCGUAA